CUUGCACCCCUCUCCGUCGCAUUGAGUCUCGACGAGCCGUGGAACCAACCUUACCUCCGGGAAGCUCAUGGCACGGUAGCGUUACCCUGCACGAAAUCCGGCUUCGCCAUGGCUUGCGACUAUGCACUUGUACAUUUGAAGUAUACCAUACCGCUGGCGAUUGGCCUUUCGUUCCUUUACCGGCCGCUGUUGACCCGCCUCGACGUGUACAAAGUCCUCUUUCUUGUCUCAAUUGCUAUUAUAUCGACCAUUCCAUGGGAUUCGUAUCUCAUUCGCACCCGGAUAUGGACCUAUCCAUCCCAUGUCAUUAUUGGCCCCAAGCUGUUUGAUAUUCCUGCGGAAGAGAUAUUCUUCUUUGUGGUUCAAACGUAUAAUACCUCCUUGCUAUAUCUCCUAUUUAGCAAACCAGUCUUUCACCCCGCAUACUUGCGUACCGAGAGAAGAGAUGGGAGCACGUUGGAAGAGCGGAGACCAACAUGGAAAAAGUACCAAUUGAUAGGUCAGCUGCUGCUCGGGCUUGGAAUUGGUUACAGCGCGUGGAUGGUCAAAGCUGGCGGAGUUGGCACGUAUAUGGGUCUGAUUGUUCUCUGGGCAUUUCCUUUUCUUCUGUUAUUAUGGAGUCUUGCAUAUCAGUUCAUUCUCGGCCUUCCGAAGUCUAGUACGCUUCUGCCAAUUGUUUUACCAACCCUCUAUCUUUGGGUCGUCGACACUCUUGCUCUCAGGCGGGGCACUUGGGUUAUUGAAUCUGGAACGAAGCUUGGUAUCCACCUGUGGAGUGGCUUGGAGAUAGAGGAGGCUGUGUUUUUCCUGAUAACCAACACUCUCAUUAUCUUCGGUCUAAUCGCUUUCGACAACGCAUUGGCAAUCCUCUACACCUGCAAAGAGUCAUUCCCCACGGUACCAAAGAUGCCUUCGCCAGUUCUUCUCGUCCAGGUUCUGCUUAAGCCAGCAAUGAAUUAUGACGAAAGUUAUAUUCUUGCUUUGCAAGAAGCAAUCAGCAGACUCCGACGGAAGAGCCGCAGCUUCUACUUAGCCAGCGGAACAUUCCAAGGAAGACUACGGAUUGAUCUGAUACUCCUAUACUCGUUCUGCCGGGUUGCCGACGAUUUAAUCGAUAAUGCCUCCAGCGUGGAAGAAGCCAAAGAAUGGAUCCGAAAACUGCGCGUUUUUCUUGACCUCUCCUAUGGCCCCUCUGGCAAGAGUGGGUCUCCUGUUCAGUAUGCCAAAGAGGAAUUCCCAGCUUCGGCCAAGUCGACUCUCGAGUACCUCCCAACCGCCUAUCUCUCCAGCAAGCCCCUUCGCGACAUGCUGGACGGCUUUGAAAUGGAUUUGGCCUUCUCCGACCCGGGCUCCGAAUCUCCGAUCAAGGAUGUCGAGGCCCUCGAUCUCUAUGGCGCACGUGUCGCCGGCACAGUCGCCGAAUCGAUUUUGGAAAUGGUAUUCCAUCAUCAUCAUGAUGCAGCCACAUCGGAAUCAAAAACCCGUCUUAUCAAAGCGGGAGGGAGAAUGGGCGUCGCGCUGCAAUAUGUCAACAUCUCGCGUGACAUCCGGGUGGACGCUGAUAUCAAGCGUGUCUAUAUCCCGCUGACGUGGCUAAAAGAGGAGGGUCUUACGGCUCGGGAUGUCAUUAAGCAGCCACAGGGAGCAAAGGUGGAGGCGCUCCGGUCACGCCUGCUCGACCGCGCCUUCAGCAUGUACUCGGAGGCACGCGGAGCCAUCGAGGAGCUGCCCGCUGAAGCCAGAGGCCCCAUGAUGGUCGCAGUGGAGAGUUACAUGGAGAUCGGCAGAGUGCUGAGGGAGAAGGGCUGUGCGCCGCGAGAAGGGAGAGCAACGGUGCCGAAGAUGCGCAGGGUGUGGGUUGCGUGGCAGGCGCUACGGAAGUGCUCGACGGCCUAGUUUUCGUGGGGCUUUUGAGCGCAUGAUGUUUGUUUCGGAGAUACCCUCUCAGCUGAUAAUUGUUAGUUGACGUUUAUGUAUGUAGUAUUUGUUUUCAUUGCUAGUUGCUAGUGUAAAAUGGUGAUAAUGUGAUCCUUCGGC